CUCACAAUAAGUCUCUCCACGUGGGGAUCUGUCAGAGCAACUUGAUAAACAUUUCAACUGUAUUUCAGAACUAAUUUUAAUGGUUAAUGAGGAGCUCUUUGUUUUGUUUUAAUGAGUGAUUGAGGGUUGUUCAUUAUGAGUACGGAAAUAAAGAGUUUUGAGGAUUUGAAGCUGAAUUCUUGGAUAAUAAAGCAGUUGGCAACAAUAGGGGUGAAAAAACCUACCCCUAUUCAGCAGAAUUGCAUUCCGAGGAUACUGGCUGGUGAUGACUGCAUUGGGUGUGCUAAGACAGGCAGUGGAAAGACACUAGCCUUCGCCCUGCCAGUUCUUCAGAAGCUGUGCGAGGAUCCUUAUGGCAUUUUUGCACUGGUCCUCACGCCAACUCGAGAAUUAGCGUUUCAGAUUGCCGAGCAAUUUUCAGCAAUCGGCAACGCGAUAAACCUGAAAAAAUGCGUGGUGGUGGGUGGAAUGGACAUGAUGGUCCAAGCCCAGGAACUGGCGAGGCGUCCUCACAUAGUGGUGGCCACCCCAGGAAGGCUUGCGGAUCAUUUAGAGAGCUGUGACACAUUCACCCUCGACAGGAUUAAAUUCCUGGUGCUUGACGAGGCCGACAGGCUGCUCGGGGGCCACUUCGAUGAACAGAUAGCCACUAUUUUCAAAGCCCUCCCUAAGCAGAAGCAGUCUCUGCUGUUCAGCGCCACGAUAACAGACACUCUCGAGCAGGUCAAGAGGGUGGCCUCCAACAAGGUCUUCGAGUAUGAGGCUGAGGACGACUCGGGCACUGCCACCGUCAAGGAGUUGGAUCAGAGAUACGUUUUGUGCCCCAAUGACGUCAGGGACGCCUUCCUCGUGGAGGUUAUCAGAACCUUUCGGGCGGAAAAUGAGAGUGGCUCCAUUAUGGUCUUCACUGAUACCUGCAAAUCCUGUCAGCUUCUCUCUAUGACUCUGAACGAAGUUGGCUUCGAGAAUGUUGCCCUCCACGCGAUGAUAAAGCAGCGCGAGCGUCUGGCUGCCCUCAACAAAUUCAAAUCGAAUCACACAAAGAUCCUGAUCGCCACUGACGUAGCUGCGAGAGGACUGGACAUUCCCCUCGUCGAGCUCGUCCUCAAUCACUCGAUCCCCAACGUUCCCAAGGAGUACAUUCACCGAGUGGGGAGAACAGCCAGAGCUGGGCGCGGUGGCAUGGCCAUCAGUUUAAUCACCCCUUAUGACAUUAAACUGCUGCAUGCUAUUGAAGAGACCAUUGGGACUAAAUUAACUGAGUUCAAAGUCGAGGAUAAAGAAAUCGUCACGAUAUUCACGCAAAUAUCCGUGACAAAGCGCGAGGCUGAGAUAAAACUGGACGAGACUGAUUUCUACGAGAAGAAAAUGAUCAAUAAGCGAAAAAAAUUGAUUCUGGAGGGGAAAGAUCCCGAUGAAAUAGAGGAAAUUCUUGCUGCUAAGAAGAAACAGCGAAAACGAGAGAAGAAAAAGGUCGAAGCUAAUAGAACAAAGGGUAAAGCUGUUGAGAAUGAGAAAACUGUGGAGAAAGGGUCAAACGAUAGUUGACACAUUUCAUCAGGAAUAAAUCACUUCAAUUGAC